AUGAGCUACUUCCGUGUUCAACUGCUCCGCUCAGCGAUCGGUCUUCCCCGCCGCUCAACAGACGUCCUGAAGGCCCUCGGCCUCAAGAAGCGUAUGGGCAUCGUCUUCCACCGCGUUACCCCGUCCGUCGCCGGUCAAAUCAUGAAGGUUAAAGAGCUUGUUUCCGUCGAAGAGGUUGAUCGCGCUCUUACGAAGCAGGAGGUUCGUUUGGAGCGGAAACCCGAUCCGGGCUAUUACGUUGAGAAGAGUGGUGUUGCUGAGCGGGCUGAGUUGAGUGGGCAGUAA